ACCAUGGUUAUGAUAAUGUCAUGAUAAACCGAACCAUUCCAUCAAUCAAUGCUACUUUAAAUUUAUCAGUGGCCUUCCUUAACAUCACUUUCAAUAGAUUUAUUAGAUUGUCAUUGUCAACUGGCAAUAUCACCAUCUAUAAAGCCUCCGAUAAUAGCAUUAGACAAAGAGUUUCAGCAACAAUGCAUGAUUUCUGUAAAAUCAGUGUUUAUGAUUUGGAAUCUACUAUUAGUAUAAAAGUCAUUAAUAGCACAUUCAAUGAAUAUGGCGAACAAUAUUUUGUGAUUUUGGAUAACAACUUUGUCAAUGAUGAAAUAGAUAAUGAGCCUUUAAGAGGAAUUCAUGAUGGUAUUUGGAUUCUUAAAACACAUAAAGCUAUUAUAGGCUCAGUACGUCUUACUACAGAAGCUUCAAAAAAAUUUUCAAACUUCUCUAAACACGAUCAAUCAACGUAUAUUGAUAAUUUAUUGAAUGAACUUGCCGACAAAGUGCCAAUAGAUCGUUCUUCUUUAAGAUCAGAUAAUAGAUUUCAUAAUGUACUUUAUGAUCAAAUCGUCAUUUUAAUCCAUAUAUAUAUAGAAAAUAAUGAAAUUAAAAAGACUGCUUCGGAGGUAUUUUCAGAUUUAAACACCAUGAUAAUUUACAAGAGUAUCACUACCUUCUCUCUCGGUGUUACAAAUGAACUAGACCAAGAUUACGGCUUUCAACCAAGAUGUAAGGAAUAUAUGGAAUGA